CAGGCUGUCUCUGAUGCUGCUCCAUGCUCGGUCGAUUUUCGUUGGAAUUUCUCUGUUGGUGAUUGCUAGGGCUGUUCCAGUUUAUGCUUAGAGUGUGCGCUGGCCUGUGAUGCUUCUGCUCUGCAGUUUCGUUAGGGAUUCGGUCGUUGCCAUGAACGCCCUGCUCAAGAUUUGACCCCUGACAUGUCUGAGUACCGCCUGUAUCAACCUGUCAGUUCAGUCUGUGUGUAAGAUUUGUGUACUAACAUAGCUUAUCAUUUGCCAUCACAAACAGCUGCAUGCAAACCUGCGUUUGGUUUCCUUGCAACUUCUAGACCUGUAGAGACAGGCGGGCAGAUGUUUGCCGUGACAGCUCUGUUGUGCAGUUUGGUUAGGGGUUCCAUCGUUGCCAUGAAUGCCCUGUUCAAGGUUUCAUGGCUCACAUGCUGAAAACCAUCCAUGUCAACAUGUCAGUUAGGCCUGUCUGUAAGAUUUAUGGUUGUAUUUGGAUCUUUCAGGAUGUAUUUGCCCACACAGUUUAAGGACUUCUUCUCAUUUGCCAUCACCUACAGGGGCAUACAGACAUGCAUUCUGGUUUCCCUGUAGCUUCUGGACUUGUGGAUAUUGACAUUUGUUUAGGGUUGCCAGGUUGUGGUAUCACUGUAAACUCCAAAUUGGAUAUGCGGAUUUAUCUACUUAGAGUUACUGCUAGUUGGAACUAUCUUUUUGUGUUAACUUUCUCUUGGAUUUAAGGCUUUAUAGACUGACAUAUUUCCCAACGUUACUGCAUAAGGCAUGUGUCAGGCCUUUAGUAGUCCCUUAUUUUGGCUAUCUUUGCUUGGUUUUUAUUAUACGUUUCCAUAGAGCAGCAAAAUUAUAGGUGCACUUUUUGCAUAAAUUGUGCAAACCGCUAAUUUGUAUUAGCAAUUUAGCAUGCUUAUGCCUUGGUCUCAGUUAACACUGUGCAGAUCUCAUUUCUCCCAUGGCAGGUGAAAGUCUAGAUGGCUCCUUUGGUGCUGGGAAUGUGAAUUGCAGAAAAGAACAACUGUUUACAUUUUGGUACUGCAUGAUGAACGGUUCAACGGGUUCCCUAGGGGAUCAUGUGAACGGAAAGCAAGUGCAAAGUGUUGACCCUCCUGGUCUUUCAAGUUUCAACAAUGGACCAAGACACCGUCCGUUGAAUGCAUUGAGACGCUGCCGUGGUGUAUUGUGCUUGGUGAUUAUGCCGGUGACCGCAUGCAUGAUGAUGGUUUACCUAGCCCCUGUGACAACCUUCGUUGUACGGUUGUUCAGUGUGCAUUACAGCAGAAAGUGGACGUGCUUUCUGUUCGGGAUGUGGUUAGCCAUGUUUCCCUUUUUGUUUGAGAAGAUCAACAGGACAAGGUUUGUUUUCUCUGGUGAAAAGGUGCCCCCCAAAGAGUGUGUCUUGCUGUUUGCUAACCACAGAACUGAGGUAGAUUGGAUGUACCUGUGGGAUCUUGCAUUGAGGAAAGGCCGUUUGCAGUCUAUCAAGUACAUCCUGAAGAAAAGUUUGAUGAAGUUGCCUAUUUUCAACUGGGCAUUUCACAUUAUUGAGUUUAUUCCUGUAGAGCGGAAUUGGGAGGUUGACGAACCACUAAUCCGAAGAAGGCUUUCUGAACUGAAGUACCCCAAGGAUCCCCUUUGGCUCGCAGUUUUUCCAGAAGGCACUGAUUAUACUGAGAAGAAAUGCAUCAAAAGUCAAGAGUAUGCGGCAGAGCAUGGUUUGCCUAUUCUGAAAAAUGUCCUCCUUCCCAAGAUAAAAGGUUUCAAUUGCUGCCUGCAAGAGCUGAGGAGUAACUUGGAUGCUGUUUACGACAUCACGAUCGCAUACAAGCAUCGGCUCCCAACGUUCAUGGACAACGUGUACGGCGUCGACCCUUCCGAGGUCCACAUCCACACCAAGAUCAUCCAGGUCUCUGACAUACCGACAGCAGAGGACGAAGUAUCCAGCUGGCUGACGGAGAGGUUCAGACUGAAGGACGAGCUCCUGUCUGAUUUUUUGACACAAGGCCACUUCCCCAAUGAAGGAACCGAAGAAGACCUGUCCACGCUCAAGUGCGUCGCGAAUUUUGUUGCGGUGAUCGGCAUGACGGCCUUCUUCAUCUACCUGACCCUGUUCUCGUCCGUGUGGUUCAGGGUGUUCGCGGGGUGCAGCGCCUCUUUCCUCACGUAUGCGACCCUGUACUCUGUACACGCGCCCCAGAUCGUGUGUUUGCCGGAGGCCGGCGCCCACGCCAAGAAAGCUUGAGCUUGGCGUUGUAAGCCGGAGCUGGAAGCUGUGUAUGUGUGUCCGCAUGCAGUAGAAACAUGUUUACUGCGUAUACGCAGCUUGUGGUGUCAUUCUUUUGUAUGUGUGUAUGGUGAGUGGCAUCUACAGUUGGGGGUAGAACUUUUAACUCCACUCUUGACUCUUUUUUGGAGCAAAAUACGAAGACUGCAUUACAAAAGUGGACGGAGCCAAAAUCGGUCGCCACGUAUCUUUUGUCUAUA